AUGGCCACCCUUUUGGUUAUGUAUUCAAAAGAAACAAUUGAUACCAAGGAGUUCAAUGUUUUCUAUCUUACUGCAAUAUCUCUUUCAAUCAUCGUAAUCAUAACAUAUGGAGAGAGUAUAGCAGUGUUUACAGAGGUUGAUUUUGGUAAAUGUGGCAUAGUCGUAGCACCUGAAAAGAAGCUCUAUCUGGCUGCUCAACAACUUUUAAUUAAACAACAACAACAACAACAACAACAACAACAACAACAACAACAACAACAACAAUCGCUAUCGCAUCAACACAGUAGUAGAGUUUGUAUGAUGACAGACCAACCUCCCCCAUCAACAACAACAACAUGGUCCAACACUCCAGUCAAGGAAUGGACUACCCAAUUGGCUAAUGAUUGGGUGAAUGCCACUCUCGAGGACGCAGGUUAUCCAAAUAGCCUUUCCCUCAAAGUCUUGAUCCCUCCGAUCGCAGGUACCUGA